CUCCUCUCAUAUUCCCAUCAGUCUCCCACAUGUCACCACCACCUCCUCCUCCUAAUAAAAAAGGCACUCUCCAUCCUCUACACACUCCACUACCCUUUCCGUUUCUCAAACGCCCUACAGAGUUCAGACCAUCCCCGCUACUCCCACGGCCACCAUCAGAAUCCAGUCCGCCGGUAUGGUGAUGAAGAUGAAGACAAUGUUGAGGGUUGUUAUGAUGCUGUUUGUGGUAGGGAUUUGCUGCGUUGAGGCUGGGUCGCAGCAGACGUCUCCUUCGCCGGCGGUGGACUGCUCGAGUCUGGUACUGAACAUGGCGGACUGCCUGUCGUAUGUGUCGAACGGGAGCACCGCGUCGAAGCCGGAGGGGACGUGCUGCACAGGGCUGAAGACGGUGCUGAAGGCGGACGCGGAGUGUCUGUGUGAGGCCUUCAAGAGCAGUGCGCAGUAUGGGGUGGUUUUGAACGUUACCAAGGCUAUCUAUCUCCCUACUGCCUGCCGCGUCUCUGCUCCUUCUGUCAGUAACUGUGGACUUUCGAUCACUCCUGCUGGUUCUCCUGUGGAAAUCCAAUCUCCAGAAGCAUCUCCAUCAUCAGAAGCCACAGCACCUGCCUCGCCCACAUCCGCCAGUGAGAUAGCUAUGGCGCCGGCGCCGGCGCCGGGAAGCUCGUCUUCUUCUAUGGUGUCCAUUUCUGUUGGGUCUCUUGUUCUGAGCCUUCUUGCAGCGGCCGCACUCUCCUUCUGAGAUAAUACGGCACCGUUUUGAAGGAGGAACAGAGGGAUAUUUCAUAUUUGUGACGUUUUGUUUUUAAAAAUUUGGGUUAUUUAUUUCUCUCUUUCUUUCUUGUAUGAGAUAGUAGGUAUAUAAUUCAUUCGAGUCUAACUUGGAACCCAUCCGGGCUUUUUGUAUUUCACUUAUAUUUAUCAUUUGCUUUUUCAUUGGA